UUUCGAAUACUAUUUGGUAUCUAGUAUAGUAUAAUCGAUUUCGUAUGAAAUACAAGGUCUUCGUGUUUUUCUAAUCCCCACAUGAAAAACAUCCGGAAGGUUCACCACAAUAUGACAGUAUAUAAGCGCCAGUCAUCAUCUUUCCUAUCACAGUCAAAGUUUGGUCUCUCAACAGGUUAACUACUGCAUCAACAUACCAACUCGUAAUACUUUCUCGUGUAGUUCGACAAUCGCAAAUCGUGCUUUAUUUUCCAUUUCAAUUUAACCAACAACAACGGCAGCCACUAUGAACGCCCAGAUCUGUUUGAUGUUGGCCACGAGUUGCUUGGCGAUGGUUUCGGCCAAUUCGGGAUCAUACAACUACGGAUACAGUCUGAACGAUCCGAUCACCGGCGAACUCCAGGAACAACGGGAGGCCAAAGCAUGCAAUGACCAGGUGGUAUAUGACGACGUCAAACCGGUAAUUGUCUCCAAGAGCUUUGUUUCCGAACCAAUCAUCUCAGUGACCCCAGGACCGAUCCUGAACGCUGAAUAUGUGUCCUCGUCUCCAGCACCGAUUUUGCGCUCCGACUUUGAUUCUUCCCGAAUCGUGGCCGCCGCCCCAUUGUUGGAAACAAAAAUUGAGGCCGAACCAGUGAUUUAUGCUCCUCGUCCCGAAUACGCUCCUCUUCCCAAGUACGCCGCCCCGAUCACCGUGACCGCCGCGCCGAUUUUGGAAGCGAAAAUCGCAGCCGAACCACUGAUAUACGCUCCUCGUCCCGAAUACACUCCUCUUCCCAAAUUCGCCUCCCCGAUCACCGUGACCGCCGCUCCGAUUUUGGAAGCGAAAAUCGCAGCCGAACCACUGAUAUACGCUCCUCGUCCCGAAUACACUCCUAUUCCCAAGUACGCUGCCCUCCAAAAGUACGCACCACGUCCCGAAUAUUUCGCCGCUAGUCCAGCACCUCAAGUCGCGUCCAGACUGUCAACUCCGAUCGUGCAGGUCCAAGCUGCCCCGUCCAAAAUCAUCAAGUCCGCCCAACUCGUGUCGUACGGCCGACAGGCCUCGUCUUACUCACACAAAUCGUUCGUCAACCACCCGCAGACUCCCGCUAAAGUCGCUGCCAUCGCCGCACCCCAGUACUACUCAGCCGCCCCAGCAGCACCAUCGUAUUACGCGGCCGCCCCCGCAGCACCAGAAUAUUACUCAUCACCUGCCCCCGCAGCACCAGAAUAUUACGCACCCGCCCCCGCAGCACCAGAAUAUUACGCACCCGCCCCCGCAGCACCGAUCGCCUUGAAGAUGGCCUACCCCGUGCAGGUGCGAGCCAAUGCUCCCCUGCAGCAGGCCGCUGCUGGACUUGUGUACGCCCCGUCCGCCCAGUACGCGUACCGCAGUUCGUCGUCUCCAGCGACUUCGUACCAGUACGCCAAACACUGGAACAGUGGCGAACAGUCGGCCGCCGGUCAAUUGCGCUACGUCGCGGCCAGUCCACAGUACUAUUCCACAGUAUACCAGCCCCAAUUGGAUUCUGUGACCCAAGUACACAAUUCAGGACAAUAUGACGCAGCCCAGGAACAACCAUGCGACAAAUAGUCGUCGUCACUGACCCACAUUUUUCGACUUGUUUUCCUGUGACAAUAAUAUAUUAUAAUUAUA